UUUCACCAUGCUAUCCGUUACUGCUGCUCUAAUGUCUGUUUUCAGGAGGCAUGUCGCUUCGUCCGGGACUUCAGCUCAGAGAGAUGACAUCGACAUCUCUCCCGAUGCCGUGGCUACUGCGUCAGCUCGUAGAAUGAGUCAGUUGCAUGUUGUAUCCACAGACUGGCAACACACCGGAAGCUGGCUUCGAUCUGGAGUCAUUACGUAUCACGAUUCCAGUGCCAGACAGCGAACGUACGAAACAGUAGAACGCACUACACGCAAUGGCGAUUUGGACGGUGUUGAUGUGCUCGCAUUCCUCAACUCCAAGCGUUUGACUGGACGACACGUAGUUCUUGUUCUGUCAUAUCGACCACCCGUGGAUCGUGUCUGUGUUGAAUUUCCGGCCGGAUUGGCUGAAGAGAAUGAAACAGCAGAGGAGACUGCUCUUCGAGAGUUGAGAGAAGAGACUGGGUUUGUGGCUACAGUCAGCGAUGAGACAUCACCUGAAUUGUUGCUUGAUCCUUGGAAAAGCAGCGAGAAUACAAAACUAGUGAUUGUAAAUGUGGAUGGUGAUGAUGAACAAAACUAUGAAAAUAUGGUCAACUUGGGUCAGAAUCAGAAACUCGAUGAGGCCGAGUUUUUGGAUGUUUUUAUUGUUCCUGUAAAGGGGUUGCUGGAUCGGCUGUGUCGAUAUGUUGAUGAGAUGGGGUUUGGUAUUGAUGGAAAGGUAUACACUUUUGCUCUGGCCUUGGAACUAAGUCAGAAAUGGGAUCGAGAUUUAACAGAAAACUGAAUUAAAUUACCAAUGUACUCAAACCGAUUUCUAAUAUUUGAUAUGAGAUGUCGAUGUUCCAUUUUCUGUAACUGCUCGAGUUCAGACUACAUUAUUAUCUAAAUAGUGAAUGCACGGGGAAGGAGAGAAUGCUGAUGCCUGUUCAAUCAUACUGGCCAUAACUUUAUUGGGUUCAAAGUUCAGUAUGUUUCAACAUACGGGCGCAUUACUGUAUCUUUCUACUAUGCAUGCGCAACGAGAAAUCACCAUAACUCAAGAACGAAGCUUAUCUGGCAAAUCCAAA